CCUGCUCAGUAAGUAUCACACAUAUCUAGAGUUAACGUACCGCUAGCUAGCUAGCUGCACGUAACAGAAGUCCACCAUGGCCUCGAGGAACACCGCACUCGUGUUCCUCCUCGCGCUGCUCCUGUCGUGCGUCGCUAUGAGCAGCGCGGCGAGGAGGCUGCAGGAGCAGGAGACGGCUCCGCCCACGGAAGAAGCGCCGUCCGCGCCACACCUGACCGUGCCGGGGCUGCCAGAUUACAAGCUGCCGCCGAUGCCCAAGUUCGAGCUCCCGCCGUUCCCAGAGAUGCACCUGCCGCCGUUCCCGGGGACGCAGUGGAAGCCGGCGACGCGCACGCCCACCCUUACCGGGUUCUUCUUCCCGCAGCCGGAGCCGGAGGCCAAUCCAUGAGGACUUCUUCGUUGUGUCGUGCACGUAUGAAGUGUUGUUCGUGUGCUUGUUUAGUUGAGGUAUCAAACGAGAGUGUGCCGAUCUGUACGGCCGACGUUAUCCUGUGGAGUUCCUGCGACUCGUGACUUGUGAGUAAUGCCAUGAUCUACGUCUACGUGCGUAUGUGCCUAGACGGGAUGUACAUGUGCAUUAUAUAUGUAUAUACAUCAGUAAGUAUGUUUAUAUA